GCUUUUCUGAUUAUAAACAUUCAAGAGGAAAACGUGGAGUGGAAAAUAUGACCGGAAGUUUACUAAAGAUGAGCUCGUUCAGCACCAAGGCCCUAACACUUCUCUCAUCUGUGUUCGGGGCAUGCGGACUCCUCCUUGUGGGUGUAGCUGUGUCCACGGACUACUGGCUGCUGAUGGAGGAGGGCAUCGUGCUGCAGCAAAACCAGACCACUGAGGUUAAGAUGGCACUGCACUCUGGUCUCUGGAGAGUCUGUUUUGUUGCUGGGCCAGAGAAGGGGCGAUGUGUGGCGUCAGAAUAUUUCACUGAGCCAGAGAUUGAGAUCACCACUGAGAACACUGCGAACAUACUAAAAAUGGUGAGGACGGCAACCCCUUUUCCGAUGGUCUCUCUUCUCUUUGUCUUUACCGCCUUCAUCAUCAGCAACAUCGGCCACAUCCGGCCCCAGCAAACAAUCCUAGCCUUCAUCUCUGGAAUAUUCUUUAUUCUGUCAGGGUUAAGUCUGGUGGUGGGCCUGGUGCUCUACAUUUCCAGUAUAAACGACGAGGUGAUGAACAGGCCGAGGGAGUCCGAGCAUUUCUUCCACUACCACUACGGCUGGUCCUUUGCUUUUGCUGCCAGCUCUUUCCUGCUGAAAGAGGGUGCCGGUGUGAUGUCCGUCUAUCUCUUCAUGAAGCGAUACGCCGAAGAGGAGAUGUACCGACCCCACCCAGCAAUUUACCGGCCCCGCAUGUCUGAAAGCAGUGACUACAGCGGCCAAUACCUGCACCCCGAUUCCUGGCCUCCUCCACAGCGCGCCCGCAGCACCUCCGAGGCCUCCAGUGACAUCUCCAUCCAGCUCAAGAACACUCCUCCACCGUUAGCCCCCAAAGGCAGCCUGCCCUCCAACCCCGCCUCCUCAUCGGGCCCCUCCUCCGCGACCAGCUACCACCUCCCUCCGCCGAGCUCUUCCUCAUCUUCCUCCUACCCUCACACCAUCCACUCUAGCCAGUCUGGAUGCCACGCCCCUCUGUCUCUUCCGAUGGCAGCCCCACCCUCUGGUGUCCCACCUCCCUAUCAUGCGCACAUGAGGAUGAGCGCUUCACCGUGCUAAACGGAUGAAUCACAACACACCACACACACGCACACUUAAACAUGUACACACAGUAAAUACAAAAGGGAGGGGAGGACUUUAUACGCUUUAGGGGGGAAUUUUUAACUUUGUGCCUGAGAUUUUACUAAAACACUAAAGAAUGGGACUGGGAGGGAUUUUAAAUGACUUUUUAAGCAACUGGGAGAGGUAGGGGAGAAGGAGUAAACACAACAUACAGCCUUUAGCAAAAGUUUGGGUAACUUUGGUUAAAUUCCAUGCUUUUCUAACUCUUUCUAACUACACAUUAAA